AUGGUUGUAGAGGUCCCUAUUAUGAAUGCAAAUGAAGAUAAGCUUGAAUAUGUUAGGGUAUUCAACAGUGCAGCAGCUGAUGAGUCAUUUCCAAGAGAUUCUCAACCUGAACCCUCUCAAAAUGAACCAACUCAACCUCAACCUUCACAAAAUGAACCAUCAGCACCCAAAAAAUCUCCAAGAAGGAAAAAAGUAACUCCACCCCCACCACCACCUCAACCAAACUCAGCAGCAUCUAGUUCUGCUGGUAAACCAAAAGAGCAGACUAGACUUAAACAAAAAGAGUGGAGGGUUCCAAGAAGCACAGCAAACAAGUAUGGUCUUGAGGUUGGCAAAAAUAAAAGAGGAGGAAGGGAAGGGAGUACCAGGAGAAAAAGACCUGUGACUGUUGAGGAGAGUGAUGGUGAGUCUGAUGCAUGUCCUUCUGAUGAUUCAGAAGAUGAUGACUAUGAAGUUUCUGAAGCAAAAGAUGAUUUGGAUAUGGAGUUGAACCUUGAUGAUCAGUAUAUUGUGGAAGAGGAAGACCUAGCUGAUAAUAUUCCAGAGAAGACAUUUGAAGAUUACUUGGAUGGUUCUCAUGUGUUAUACAAGAUGUACAAAAAUGGCAAGGUUUGGUCUAACUUACCAUUUGGUUCAAUUCAACUUGAACCUUGGUUAAUAUUUGAAAACAAGCAACAAUUUCAUGAGGUAUUUAGAGAUUUUUGCAUACAAGAAGGAUUUGUUGUGAUAGUUGGCUAUGCUGACAACUAUAGAUAUACUGCAAAGUGUAUGAUCAAUGACUGCAAUUGGAGGAUUCAUGCAGCAGUCCUUGUUGAUAAAGUCAGCUGGGAAAUAAAGAAGCUAGAAGGGGAGCAUACAACUUGUGGGAGGUUGGAAGAGAACCCUAUGGUUUCUUCAACAUGGCUCUGUAGACAUUUGAUGCAAGAUCUGAAGGCAAAUCCAGAGAUCCCUGUUGAUUCAUUGCAAAGAAUGUGCCUGGAAAGGGAGCAAAUACAUGGUGGUUUUGCCCAGUCUUAUGCUCUCUUUCCAAAAUAUGCUAAGAUGAUUAAGGCCACAAAUCCUGGCUCAUAUGCUCUCAUCACCUGGACUGACAGUGGGAUUAAUGGUGAGAAGUUCAAGGCAUGUUUCAUCUCCUUUGCAGCUCAGUUGCAAUUGGAUGAUAAUAAUGAGAUUUUUGUAAUAGCUUAUGGUCUGGUUGAUACAGAGAGUAUAGAGAGCUGGACUUACUUCUUUAGAAACCUAAGGAUCCUAUUUUCCCAGUAUGGAUCUGAGAGGGAUGACUGGACUUUUAUAAGUGACAAGAUGAAGGGUGUUGAAUCAGCCCUCUUUGAGGUGUUCUCAAGGGCAACUAGGAGGGUAUGCUGUCAUCAUGUGUACUCUAACUGCAAGACAGCUGGAUGGAGUGGAACAGAGUUCCAUAAACUUUUCUGGAUUGCUGCUAAUGCAUACAAUUCAUAUGUGUAUGACAAAGCAAUGUCAAAGAUAAAGAAGUAUGAUGCAAAAGCAUUUCAGAACCUGACAGACAUUGAAGAGUAG